AUGGCACCCAGAUGUUUUCAAUAUGCGGCGCUCGCCAUUACGCUGCUUAAAUUCGCAACUGCCCAAGACUCAAUACCCGCAGACCUAAGCCAGGGCUUUAGGUCAGGGACGGGUGUGCAAGUAUCCUACGAAGGUGAAGCGGAGAAUGGCUUCAGCGAUGGAGAAACAUUCGAGAAAGAUGCGGUUGGACAAGUACCUUCCUUUGCACUAGGUGGCAGUACAGGAGUAGCCCCUCGCAAUCGUUACACCAUUCUGAUGGUGGACACAACCUGCGACGAGGCAAGGAAGCUGCACUACGCACGUACAAACUUUAAGACUAUCUUCGAAUUUACGAGGAUCGAAAGCGAGACUGAGCCUGUGCUAUCAUACAAGGCACCAGGCGCGUUUCAAGAGACGGGAGAUGACAGGAAGUACACUUUUCUCAUGUAUGGACAGCCGUCGAACAAAGAGAUUAGUGAGCUCAAGCUGCCUGAAGAGGGUGCCAUCUUUGACGCAAAGAAGUUCGAAGAAGACAAUGGGUUCCAAGAGCCACAGGCUGGUGUUGGGAUGGUCGUCAAGCUAGGAGGAGAAUCCAGUUGCAACGGUGGAACCACUCCCGGAAAUCCAGUAGAGUCAAGCGUUCCUGCUACAAGUGCUGCUACAAGUGCUGCUCCAACGAGCGCGGCCUCAGUCGCAACGAGCGCGGCCUCAGUUGUGGAUUCAACCAUUGCUCAAGGCUCCUCUGCUGUAGCCACACCAACAGGCUCGUCGACUACUAGAAAUGGAACCAUACCGGUACCAUCAUCUCGAACGAAUGGUGCUAGCAUAGCUACGUCAGCAUCGGGCCUCCUCACAUCUCUUGUUCCGACCUCACGCAUCAACGGAAGUGCCCCUGGUGUUGUGACAUCGACACUGUUCCUUACCAGCAAUCCAGUUCCCGAAGCCACAGAGACAGGGGCGGGGGCAGGAGCAGGUACAUCAACCAGCACUGCCGAUCCAGCUCUUCAAUCUGUGAACAGCGCCUCGGGUCUGUCGGUGGGUGUGAAAGGGUGCGGUUUUACUCUUGCAAUGAUGGCAGCUGUUGGCCUGUUGGCAUGA